AUGAAACUCUUGACACGCAAUGUCAAUCUUCAACUAACUCCGAAUCCAUAUACACGAGAUUUUCAAAAGUCAAACAAUGAAUGCUACGACGAACUUAUUAGAAAUUUUAGUGGAAUUCCGUUAGAAUUUUUGGCAGGAAAUAAUGUCAUUUUUAUCGUGUUUCAUAUUUGGCAGCUCUAUUUAUUUUUCAAUGCGGUAUUUCACGAACACUCCAUUCAAAUAGUGACCAUUUGUUUUUUUAAUUUUGGAUGGCUUUUCUUUGGUCUCGUCCAAGGCCUGGAACUAAAGUUCCCUUUAAAUCAAUUACAUAAUAUUAAAGCAUGUGUAGGAAAAACAGAUUUUGAUCCUUCAUUUUGGACAAAUGACAUUCCAUUCCUUUGGAUACUUAUAUUACUCACUGCAAUAUCGACCUGGUUUUCGCUUAAGCUCUAUAAGCAAUUCGGAUGGAAUAUCUAUAAAAAAAUAGGCGGUGAUGUAAAGAUGCGAG